AUGUUGCAGGUAGUAUGUGAAGCAAAUGACAUUAACGAAUGGAAUGAAGAUGAACCAGUAAACUUAAAUCAUUUGAAGAAUGACAUAAGACUUGAUACCGAUUCGGAAGAGGAUGGUGACAAUACUACUAAUAUGUCAAAUAUAGAAGACAAACUUGUUUCAACAAACCAAGCUUUACGAUCUAUUAAUGACAUUAUCCAAUGGUCUGAGGAAAACGGCGAUGCAGCAGAAUACAGCAGAUUGCUUGUGUAG